CACUGUCAGUCUUUGGGCAGUGUAAUAAAUCCGAUGGCUGUGGCAGUGUAAAUACGAGGAACACGUUUUACACGCAGGAGAAGGCAAAGCAGAGGGGGCAGCACCAAAGAAAAUAGAACGAUUUGAACAGGACUGAAACAGGACAAGAAGGCGAACACGGACAGGAAGAGAGGGCAGAUACAUUUAACAUUUCAUUUAAUUAAUUUCGUUUCCUGUUAUUUUCAUUAUGAGGUUAAAAAUAGGCUUUAUUCUGCGCAGUUUGCUAAUCGUGGGUACUUUUUUAGGAUUGAUUGUGCUCUGGUCUUCUCUUACACCCAAAUCCAACGACGAAAAUCCAUUUGUUCAAGUGGAAAAAAGACCUGCCAACAAUCCUCUGCCCAAUGUGAAGGACCACGUCUUGGACAAAUUUAAUCCUGUGGUCCCCUGGCCUCAUGUAGAAGGGGUUGAAGUUGACCUAGAGUCCAUCCGACAAAAAAAUGACGGUAAAAAUAGACUACCUCAUCCCCCGCAAGCUGGUGCAGACAAUCAACAGAAUAUAAUUCAGAAACAGUAUAUCACCUUUAAGCCACAGAAACAUGUCUACCCAGAUCCUGUAUUGAGAUCUGGAGUGUUGGGAAACUUUGAACUGAAAGAACCUGAGCCCCAAGGAGUGUCUGGUGGUCCCGGUGAGGGAGCAAAGCCAUUCCUGCUUGGGCCAGAGUAUAAAGAUGCCAUCCAAGCCAGCAUCGGAGAGUUUGGUUUCAACAUGGUGGUAAGCGAGAUGAUCUCCCUGGACCGCACUAUAAGUGACCUGCGCCAUGAAGAGUGCAAGUACUGGCAUUAUGAUGAAAACUUGCUUACAAGCAGUAUUAUUAUUGUCUUCCAUAAUGAAGGAUGGUCCACCUUAAUGAGAACUGUGCAUAGUGUUAUUAAACGGACACCUAGAAGAUACCUAGCAGAAAUUGUAUUGAUUGAUGACUUCAGUAAUAAAGUUCACUUGAAAGAUAGAUUGGAGGAAUAUAUAAAGCAGUGGGGUGGCUUGGUAAAAUUGUUUCGAAACGAGAGGAGAGAAGGCUUAAUUCAAGCAAGGAGCAUUGGGGCAAAAAGUGCUGUGCUUGGUCAGGUGCUGAUCUAUCUGGAUGCUCAUUGUGAAGUGGGACCUAACUGGUAUGCACCCCUAGUGGCACCUAUCACUAAGGACAGAACUAUAUGUACAGUUCCCUUAAUAGAUUACAUAGAUGGAAAUGAUUAUACCAUUGAACCCCAGCAAGGUGGGGAUGAAGAUGGUUUUGCCAGAGGGGCCUGGGACUGGAGUUUGUUGUGGAAACGUGUGCCCUUAAGCAACAAGGAAAAGGCUAAAAGAAAUCAUAGAAGUGAACCUUAUCGGUCCCCAGCUAUGGCUGGUGGAUUAUUUGCCAUUGAACGAGAUUUCUUCUUUGAACUGGGAUUAUAUGAUCCAGGUCUGCAAAUCUGGGGAGGAGAAAACUUUGAGAUUUCUUUCAAGAUUUGGCAGUGUGGAGGCCAGCUGCUAUUUGUGCCUUGUUCUCGGGUUGGACAUAUUUACCGUCUCGAGGGGUGGCAUGGAAACCCACAACCUGCUCAUGUGGGUUCAUCUCCAACGUUGAAGAAUUAUGUCCGUGUUGUGGAGGUAUGGUGGGAUGAGUUCAAGGACUAUUUCUAUGCAAGCCGUCCUGAGACUUAUGCUCUAGUCUAUGGAGAUAUUUCGGAACUGAAAAAAUUCCGUCAAGAACACAACUGUAAAAGUUUUAAAUGGUUCAUGGAGGAAAUUGCCUAUGAUAUUCCAGCACACUAUCCACUGCCUCCAAAAAAUGUGGAUUGGGGAGAGAUAAGGGGAUUUGAAACUAAUUACUGUAUAGACAGUAUGGGUCACACCAAUGGGGGCAUCGUGGAAAUGGGGCCUUGUCACAGGAUGGGAGGAAACCAGCUUUUCAGAAUAAAUGAAGUGAACCAGCUAAUGCAAUAUGAUCAAUGCUUGACAAGCGGAUCUGACGGCUCCAAGGUUAUGAUAACUCACUGUGACGUGAAAGAGUAUUUAGAAUGGCAAUAUUUCAAGGAUUUGCACAGGUUUACCCAUAUACCUACAGGGAAAUGUCUAGAUCGUUCAGAGGUUCUUCAUCAGGUCUUUGUAUCGGAUUGUGACACAAAUAAAAGUACACAGAAGUGGGAGAUGAACAAUGUAGUGUCUGUGUGAACAACUGGACGUGCAGGACUGAAUACAAAAGUAACCUGUGUAACUGCUGCAAAUAGGAAUUUUGUACAGACAAGUGUAAAUAUUUUAAUGAAGGAGAACUGUGAUAAUAGGCUGUUCAUUCAUGAAUUGUUUACAAAAUUGAUCAUUUUCAUUUUUCACCUUGAAGUCUUUAGAUGAUGUUUACAUACUUUCCUCUUGGUUUCUUACACUCUAUGUAUAUCUUUUAAGGUACAUCUUUUCUUUGGGAUUUCGCUCAAGGGUCUAAAAUAUGUGGCUUUGUUAAAAACUGUGCAUUUAAAUUAUGGGUGGGAGUCAAUGCAGUUAUCCAGACAGAUCAUUAAAAUAUCUGUUUAAAAAUCCAAAA